AUGAAUGACUUUGAAAAACUUCUCGCUCAACGGUGGCAAAAUAACAAAAAAGAUGUGCGCGACGAAAUCCAAUACCAUUCAUUUACUUUUAUUGAUCCCUAUGGUAACGAAAUGAUUGAAGAACACAUGGAUCAUGAACCCGUGAACAGUGUUAUUCAAAAAUUCACAAGAACCUACGUUCCAAAAUAUUUAAAAAAUUGGAUCCAGAUUGGUACGUUAACCGGCAGUGGUUUAUCUGCACUAGAUGAUUGUGCUUUAAAAUCAACGAUGUCAAAUUUUGUUGAUGAUGUUCAGUUUAUCGCCUAUGGAGAAAUUACUGUCUGGUUCGGACGUUACGACACACUUCCACCGCAAAAGUUCGUUGUCAAGGUUCUUCUAAAAGAUACUUUGGAAGAAAUCAAGACUCGAAUUAGAGACCAAUGUCGUGCCACAAACUUUGAACUACGAUUUAGUGAAAGAAGUGAAGCACGUACACCGACCGUCGAAAAUUGGAAUUCCAGUAUAGCACUCAAACCAGAGGAUACCAUCUUAUCGCGUCGAUUGUAUCAAGAUAACUAUAUUAUCAUGGCCAAAGUCAUACAAACGGCAUCGAACUCAGAUAAUACAUGUAGCCUGUUUGUUCAAACUCUUACCGGAAGAAAACUUUCAUUAAUUGUUACUUCAAUGACAGAUGUGACAGAUGUGAAACAGAUGAUACAAGAUACAGAAGGUAUUUCUCCUGAUCACCAACGUUUCAUAUAUGCCGGUAAACAAUUGGAAGAUGGUCGAAAAUUAUCAGAUUAUCAUAUUCCCAAUGAAGCUGUUGUCCAUCUAGUGCUUUCCCUACGAGGUGGAAUGUAUCAUUUUACUAGCGGUCGGCAAGACUUCAGUCAACUACCAAGUAGUUGUGCAAAUGCUAUCCGUAAUGUUCUUUCGUUUGAAACUAAAGACGUCGACGACUAUCAGCAAUUGUCAUCCGCUGAUUUACAAGAAUAUAUUUUACAAGCCAACAUGGUCUUAACGUCUUUACAUGGUAAAAUCAAAGCGAUUUAUGCUCCAUCGGAUCUUCCCAAUUUGAGAAACAUGAUUUUACCAGCACCUAUCGAUGAUGCACAAGAUGAUGACGACGACGACGACGGCUCUUCCAAUCAACAAUGA